AUGGCUCGCUGUCUGAUUCUUCAAUCUGGACUUCCAUUGACUCAUUGGGCUGAAGCAGUGGCAACGGCUUGCUAUACUAGAAAUCGCUGUCCGUCCAGUAGUUUAGAUGGAGCAUCUCCCUACGAGAAGUGGACAGGCGAGAUACCUAACGUAAAUUGUCUCCGAUCAUUUGGAUCCAAGGUAUUCAUUUUGGACAAGAAUCCCACGAAGGACAAAUUCGCAGCUAGGAACUCCGCCAGGCCUAUUGAUGGUGCACCGAGAGAGCGGACCAGCCCUGUGCUUGCUGAUGUGCCGAGGACACCAGAGAGGCCGAUGCAACCAAGAACUCCAGAAAGGCGUGCGCCCGGUAGACCAAGGCUGUUACGUACCGGAAACAGGGGGCGUCCUCGCAAAGUGUAUCAAACGAUUAGUGAGGGAGCUCCAAAUGAGGAUGAUGUAUUAACCGAAGUAGUUGCAGACGAGUUAGAGGAUGAUGUUUUUCGCGAGGUGAAUGUUGCCGCUGACGACAUGUUCGCCGGGGUUGCUGAAGUCUCCAUCCGAGAAGCAAUGAUGAGUGAAGAGGAGAAUGAAUGGGAGGAAGCCAUCCUGCUGGAGGUGGAAAGUCUGGUCAAGAACGACACCUUGAAGAUUGUCAAGAAGCCUGAAGAUAAGAAGGUCGUUGGUAGUCGGAUAGUGCUAACAAAUAAGUAUGGUCCUGACGGUUCGAUUGCAAAGCGAAAGGCAAGAAUAGUAGCCAAAGGAUAUAGUCAGCGCUAUGGUGUGGACUAUCAUUACACGUUUGCUCCGGUGGCUCGACUGGACUCCAUAAGACUGAUGCUAGCCCUUGCGGCUGAACUCGGAUUAACCAUCUGGCAGUUUGAUGUGGUGACUGCUUUCUUAAAUGGAUAUUUGGAUGAAGAGGUUUAUAUGCAGCUACCCGACAUGCUGAUGAAUUCGCUUGAGAAACUAGUCCUCGAGAAGAAUUCCUUACCAGAGGUGAAGAAUCGAGCUGAAAAUAUGCUAAAGGAACUGCAUGCAGGAGGAAAUGCUUGCCGAUUAAAUAAGGCACUAUAUGGCUUGCGUCAAGCCGGUCGACAAUGGAAUAUUCGACUAGACGCAAAACUAAAGAAGAUGGGGCUCGCUCCAACGAGAA